AAAGAAGCUGAUCUUGAGUCACUUUGGUACGGGAAUAAUGUGAGAGACAUUUUGGGAUUUUCUGUGUGAGAACUUCUGGAACCAAGGACAGAAACGGGAAGGAUGAACCUCCAGAACUGUGGUACUGUGUCCUCUUCAGAGGUGAGGGACAACUAUAUAGAAUCCAUGACUUUAGUUGAUCCAGUCUCACCAACUCCUGCUCAGGAGGUGAUUGAUGCAUUUGUCAUGGGCUGGAUCCUCAGCGUGGGUUCUGUUUUGAUCAUCUCCACCAAUCUUCUGGUGGCAGUGGCCUUGAUCUUGCUGAUUCAAAAGAAGGGCAGUCAGAGCUGGUGCUUCGUCCUGAACCUUGCGAUUGCCGACAUCCUAGUGGGCCUGGCCAUCACCAGCAUAGCCACUGAUGCGGUGAAAGGGCGAGUGCCCUUUGUGCAUAAGGAAGUGUGCUUGCUGCGCAUGGCUUUUGUCAUUGCGCCCUCUGCUGCCUCCAUCUUCACCAUGUUCUUCAUCUCGCUGGACCGGUACUUGGCGAUCAAACUGCCACUGCGGUACACACAACUCAUGGGCAGGAAGAUGAUAUUUGGAGCGCUGGUGUCCCUCUGGCUGCUGUCUACAGGUGUAGGAUUCAUGCCCAACAUGGUGGAGGAGAUGCAGCACAGUCGUAACGACAGCACCUGCACCUUCUUCUCCGUCAUCGAGCCCCGGAGCAUCAUCGUCGUCUUCUGCGUCGUUUUCUUUCCUGUACUCUUGGUCUUCAUCUAUUUCUAUCUGGACAUCCUGAAAAUCGCCUGCGGCCACCAGCGGCGCAUUCGUGUGGCCAUGCGAGCUGGGUCCCACUGUGUACUUCCCAACCGUUACUGGGGCCACGUCAAGGCCCUGAAGACCGUUGCGGUACUGGUGGGCUGCUUCACGCUCUGCUGGUGCCCAUUUUUUGUUGUGAGCGUGGUGCAAGUUCUGUGCCCACAGUGCAAACUCUACAGAUUUCUAGAAAACCACCUCUGGUUGCUGGGACUCUGCAACUCCCUUAUCAACCCACUGGUGUAUGCCUGCUGGCAGAGGGAGGUGCGACAGCAGCUCAGUGACAUGUUUGCCUGCAUUAAGGCUAGUCAAUGUUGCAUUAAAUGCUCUAAUGCAACAGAAGGAUGUCACAUAGACCAGACGAUGGCCACUCAGAUGAUGGCCACACACACCAGACACCAUUCUGUUGACCAGACAUUGCCUUGCCAGUAUACCUUUACGGAGCCCACUGCAUUGCCUCUUUCUGCAUGAACAUUCUGUCAAAACCGUGUGACAAACAACAAAGUCCUUUCAGUUCAGUGGACACAGGAAACUGUUAAGUGCUUCUGUAUCAACAAUGAAAUGGAAAACAACUGCAUCACAUAAUGGAUGUGCAGUCUUGUGAAUGGACGUGUAAUGGGACAGAUGGUUUUAUUUACUUUUUACUCAAUUUCUUCUACUCGGCUACUAAAGUCAAAAGACAAGCACUUACAGCCUGAAUGUUUCAAUUCCACUUGUUUGAACUACCAAAGUAGGUCCGUAAAAUGUGAAACUGUUUGAUAUACAAGCUGACUGUAGUGUUUUGCUGCUUAGCAUUUUGUGAAUUUUGCAGCAGUAUAAAAAGGUGUUAAAAGUUAGCAUUUUGUGUGCUCGUUUUUAAUGUUUUCUGUUUCAGUUGCAUCUGUAAAUAAAUUUGUGAUUCCACUGUGCAAAUGGUCUUUUGAAAUAUAAACUACAA